AUGCGAAUUUCCAUUCUUCUUUUGGUCUUUCUCUCGGUCGCCCUCGCCUGUGACAUCAUCGUUCAUUUGAAAUCGGACACUGACAAAAAGUUCAGUGGACAAAUUGCUGCCAGCAAUGGAAAGAAGUCUGAGAGAUGGAGUUAUUUGAAGAAGCUUCAGAAGAACACUUUCCAACAAAAGGCUGAUGAAUGUGGAUUGAAAGAUUGGGAGAUCACUACCUGGGAUGAGUACGGCAAGCCAGUCUCCACUGUCAAAGUUACUUUGGAUGGAAUUGGAAGAGUCACUUACAAGGUUGGAGAUGAUUUGAAGCCAGUUCAAAAGGAUCGUCAAGGAGCUAUCUGCAAGGGACAAUGCGCGCCAUUAUAA